AACUGACCUCUCUGACUCCGAUUAUUCAUCCGGGUCAAGUCAACUUGAGCGGUCACAAUGAAAUUACAGCGUUUAAAUAUCUAUUAAUUUAUAGAUUGUGGUUGUUUAGCUAGACAGAAUGGCAAGUAAAAGAACAGCUGGAGAGGCAGCUCAGGACACUGGGCAGGGGUCAUCCAACUCUAGUUCAGAAGAACCUCCAACCAAAAAGUUUCACAUAGAACCAACCCAAAUUGGGCCAGUUUCAUCUAUGGAGGAACUAGACAUCAAGGUGCUGAAGGUACAGAACAAGAAGCUAAUGGAUAGGUUGGAACAACGUCAACUGCUGGAAAAUGAACUUAGAAAUCGCAUUGAAAGUCUACAGCAGAGGCAGCGCAUGGAUGAGAGUCUCCUUGGUAUGGUCAAUAAAUACUGGACACAGCUUGAUGAAGACAUUAAAAUACUUGUACAACAGUUUACAAUGAAUGCAGAAAUGAUUGAUGAAAAGAAAGAUGGAGAAGAGAAAACAGAAGAGGAUGAAAAAGUAGAUGCUGAGAAAAAGAUUGAAGAAGAAAAAAAUCUCGAACUUGAAAUGAAAGAAAAUCGAUCAAUAUCAAGCUUCCUUGCAGAACUCAUGACUUGUGAUCAUAGUGAAAUUGAUCAGCUGUUAUUAGACAGGUGUCAAUUCUCCAAGAAGGUAGUUGCCAAUCUCCUGAAGGCAUUUGACGUUGUCCAGCAGAAGUAUGAGAAGCUGGUGUGGAAAUUACAGGGUGGUACAGCUGAAGAAAACAAAGAGGAAAUCUUUAUUGGUGUCAAUGCUGACCUAGAAGCAGAAAACAAAAGACUGAGGACAUUAGUGUCUGACCUACAAGCAAAACAUCAUGUGACCACCCUCAAGUUCACAGAGAAAACUGAUCAACUGCUAGCGGCAGAGACCAGAGUAGCAGAGCUGACCAACUUAAUGGAUGAUGUCCAGUAUGACGUGGAGAAGGCCAAGUUGAGAGCCUUUAAACUUGAGCAGCUCCUAGAAGAAAGUUAUACGAAGCUAAAGAACAGAGCCCUAGCAACAUCAGGCGAAUAUGCAAACACACAGGUUCAAGGCAUUGUUAGUGAACUGGAUGAUCACAAGGAUCUGGCAGAUAAACGUCUGUUGGAGCUUGAGAAGCUACAAGAGCAACAUCAGGAGAAGAUAAAGGAAUUGGAACAAGUGAAAAUGGAUCUUCAGCAUAUUCCUGAAUCCAUUCUCUUGGAUACUGCCCCUUACAAGUGUCUUCAGUCGCAGUUCACAGUGCUCUACAAAGAAGCACAAGACAUGAGAACUCAAUUGGAAGAAUCAAGAAAUCUUCUGGCAACCACUAAGAAUGCUCACUUUAGACAAAUUGAACAAAUGGAGAGUGAUGAAUUGACAUGCCAGAAGAAACUAAGGUUAGAAGUGAUCCAGUUGGAAGACACCUUGGCCCAGGUGCGCAAAGAGUAUGAAAUGCUGAGGAUAGAAUUUGAGCAAAAUCUGGCAGCCAAUGAGCAAGCUGGUCCAAUCAACAGAGAACUUCGACAUCUAGUCUCCAGUUUUCAGAACCACAACCAACAGCUGAAAGGCGAGAUCAACAGAUACAAGCGCAAACUACGAGAGGCUCACCUGGAAAUUAACAAGCUAAAACAUGAUUUAGGAAACUACAAGUUAAGGCAUGAAGCAAGUCGCAGAGAUAGCAUGCCACAUGGCCACAGUAGUAGCAGCUCAGCCAGUACUGGUUCUGAAAAGGGGGAGGGCAGCCAAGAGAAGGAACAGCUUAAAAAGGAAGAGCAUCUGGAAGAGAAAAAAGAAAAAGAAAAAGAGAAAGAUCGCGAGAAAAUGAAAGAAGUUGAGAAAAGGGAUUGCAAAACAGACUCUGAUACUAUCAAGGAUUUGAAGGCUCAACUAAAGAAAUCGCAAGAAAACCAGAAGGAGAUGAAGUUACUCCUAGACAUGUACAAAGGUGCUCCCAAAGAACAGCGCGAGAAAGCAAUGCUGCUAGCAGCUGAAAAAAGAGCCAAGGCAGAGCUAGAAGAGUUGCGAGCAAGGGUCAAGCAACUGGAGGACAGAGACCAGAAAGACACAAGACAUCUGUCAAACGAAGAUGCCAUGCGGAAGAUCCGUAGUAUGGAUGAACUGGUGCAUCAACUUCAGAGGAAACUAGCUGACAGGAAGCAGGAGGAAGAGGCAUUAUUGUCUGAGAUGGAUGUCACAGGUCAAGCAUUUGAAGAUAUGCAGGAGCAGAAUACCAGACUCCUGCAGCAGCUACGGGAGAAAGAUGAUGCUAACUUCAAGUUAAUGUCAGAGAGAAUUAAAUCAAAUCAGAUUCAUAAGCUUCUACGGGAAGAGAAAGACGUUCUCGCUGACCAGGUGAACACGCUGCAGUCACAGGUGGAUGCCCAGAACCAGGUGGUCAGAAAGCUGGAGGAAAAGGAAAGAAUCUUACAGACGACACUUGGUAGUAUCGAGAAGGAGCUUACAUUAAGGCAAAAUGCAUCAGAAUUAAAUAGGAAAAAGGCAAUGGAAAACUCGCAGUCGACUGCAGAUCUAAAACUCCAGUAUGAAAAAUUGUCGAAGCAGGUUAUUGACCUGCAGAAACUGGUCAAGGAAAACAGCAGUGCAGUUGAGCAGGAAAACCACAAGUUCAGGAGAUCACAGGAGGAAAUAGUUAGUUUGAAACGCAAGGUGGAGAGGUAUAAACGAAUUGAGUUAACAAGCAGCGCUGAUGAAGUUUUAAUGGAAGAAAUUAGAACAUAUAAGGAUCUGUUAACAUGCCCAUGUUGUAAGAAAGGUCGAAAGAACGUCAUCCUAUCCAAAUGUUACCACGUGUUUUGUUUUGAUUGCAUUAAGACGCGCUAUGAAACUCGUCAACGAAAAUGCCCCAAGUGCAAUGCUGGAUUCGGUGCCAACGACUACCACAGGAUAUGGUUAGACAGCUAGAGAGGGCGGUUUAACACUGGUUGUUUUUUGUUGAUAUAAAUUGUAAUUCAACUCUAAAGAUGUGUCAGACACUAGUCUUUUUUUUUUUUAAAUCUUAUUUAUUUGAUAAUUACUGAAGAAUAUAGUCUUCAGUAAAAUGUGAGAAAUAGAUUCAACAUGAAAAUUUGUAAGUUGUGCCAUUUAUUUAACUGGCAUAUGAAACAAUUGAUAUGAAAGUCUGGCUUGAACAUUCAUCAUACAAAAUACGAGGUUUUUUUUAGAGGUGAAAGAAGGUAUGAAUAUACAGGCCUCACCUCCAAUUAAAGACCACUUUUUUUUGUAAUUAAACAAAAAGAUGAAAAAAUUGUUCAUCAAGGGCUGCUGAAAUAUUCUUUAAUUAAAAGUGUUUUUUAAUUAUAGGGAGACCACUAGCCACAAACUAAUAAAAUGAUUUAAGAUACAGUAUGCUGUUUGUAUCCUGGAAAAAUACUUUGUAUAUUCAAGUCAGUUAUUAGCUUAUAAUACAAAAUGAGAAAAAAAAUACCCUGCCAAUUAACGGAUACAUAAUAGUGCAUAUGUCCAAUCCUCCUGAUUUGAUCAGGAGUUUCCUGAAUUUCCAUGCAAUCACCGGGUCUCCCGAAUUUUGUUAAAUUCCGUGUUUUAGAAAAUAAGCCCAAAAUACCAAUAACAGCUAAUUAAGCAAUCUGUUUCUGUGUCAAUUUUGUCUAUCGUGCGCUUACUUUAUCAACGAUGUCGGCGUACAAAAGCUUUCCUAGUAUUACAUGGUACUGUUACUAUAUAUUUUUACAUAUAGACCAUUAUAUUGGCUGAAAAUAAAUUUUUAAGGAUUUU